AUGGAUGCGGUGGUUCCGGUUGCUAGGGGCGGCGGCCGGGGCUUGAAGGCGGUGCAGAAUGCGCGGGAGCAGUGCUCCAACAUCUCAGGUGCCGAUGGCAGCUUUACACAGAGCAAGAAGACGGUGAAGGAGCAGCGGCUCUUCAACGCUCAGAACAAUGCUCAUGUGGAGACCAAGGUCAUCUCGGAACAGAAGCGGAAGACCACGCGCAAGGACGGGACAGUGGUGGUUACCGAGAGCAAAAGCCUCCGGAAGGUGUGCUACUUCUGA